AUGGAUAGACAAGGAACCGAGGGCCCUCCGCGACUACCCAGUCAACUUUUGUCGUCUGGUGCGCAACAAUCCACUCUCCCAGCUUAUCACAAGGAGUUGGGUGACUUUCUCCAGAAGGCGCCCUUCCAAACCUAUGCCUCUGUCAGGACCUCAAAUAACCAGUCCCAACAUUCUGGCGAUAUUAAAUCCGAAGACAGAGACAAUAUCCCAGAUUCUGGGGCUACGACAGAACCUUUGGCUCAUGAUGAAUUGGAAAAUCGUCACUAUUGGUGUGAGGCGCGGCAGGUUGAAAAGAGCCCUAAGAUUCAUCAUAUUGGAGAUAAAGUAUGGCGAAAUAAUAAAUAUGUUCACCGUGUUGUUUAUGUGGUGGAAACAUAUCUCCCAGACAACUGCCUCCCUGAAAAUGCGAGGCUCAGGCUGCGGAAGCAGGAGGAGAAACAAAAGAGGAGGGAGAAUGAGAUGCAGUGA